AUCGUUUGCAAAAUGAGAAAAAGAAAGUCUUAACAAAAAAUUAAAAAAAAUCAAAAGAUAUUAAAAUUUUGAUCGGUUUUCAUUUUUUUUCUUCAUUUUUUCAGUCAAAAUAUAAUCAACCAGUUAUUGUGUCUCGACAACAAUGAAGAAUAACAAGACCAAUAAGAAUAGCUCCUCUUCGUCUUCUUCUUCUUCUUAUUAUUCUUGUUCUCUCUCUUUCUCCUUCUCUUCAACUUCUUCCUGUUCCUUGUCACCGAAUUUUACCUUACUGGGGCGGUCUCAUAUUUUCCUCAGCUAUCACCAUCCUCUGCAGAUUGAACUGAUUUGCUUAUUGUAUUGGGAGACAAAAUUAGAAUGUCUGAGGGUGUAGUUUGACAUUGGGAUGCUUCUCCAUAAAAUUUUAAACAGAGCAUAUGCAGCACAUUAGAUUUCCUGUAAUGGAGGUAAAAGAAGCUUAUGACGUUGAGCAUAUGAGGUCUACACAGAGUAUCCAGCAUGAGCUGUGGCCUCUUGAUGAAAUUGAUCCAAAGAAGGCAAAAUUUCCCUGUUGUUUAGUUUGGACUCCUCUCCCAAUAGUCUCUUGGUUGGCACCAUUCAUUGGACAUGUUGGCAUUUGCAGGGAGGAUGGAGCUAUUUUAGAUUUCGCAGGUUCCAAUUUUGUGAAUGCCGAUGAUUUCGCAUUUGGUGCUGUAGCCAGAUAUCUACAGCUUGAUAGAACACAGUGUUGUUUCGCCGCAAAUCUGGGUGGCCACACUUGCAAGAGUGGCUACAAGCAUGCAGAGUUUGGGACGGCAAUCACAUGGGACGAUGCCCUGCAGUCAAGUUCACGGCACUUUGAACACAAAACCUACAACCUUUUCACUUGCAACUGCCAUUCUUUCGUAGCCAACUGUCUGAAUCGGAUAUUCUAUAGUGGAUCAAUGAGUUGGAACAUGAUCAAUGUGGCAGGCUUAGUACUGCUCAAGGGGCAAUGGGUUGACUCCAUGUCCGUCUUGAGGUCGUUCCUCCCUUUUCUAUUGGUGCUCUCUCUAGGUGUUUUCAUGGUUGGAUGGCCUUUCUUGGUUGCGCUUCUCUCUUUCUCUCUCCUCCUCCUGGUGUGGUUUCUACUGGGCAGUUAUUGUUUCAAGACCUUGUUAGAGUGCUAGUUCCUGUUUUCACACUAACAGCUUGGAGGAGUAAACAGAUGUUUUGUAGUAAAGUUCCUCUGUAUGACUCUGUAGUUCCUGAUACAAUUUUGCUAUAGGUUUUUCUGUCAAUAUUGUUUCUGAUUUCAAGCUGAGUCAACUUAUUCAACUAUAGUUGAUUGAUUUGGAAAGCUUGUUGAAUUUGUACCCUCUCUAACAUGCUCGAUUUAUGAUUCAGAAUGAGACGGGACCCCUGUUGCAGCUAUAGCAAAUUGUAAAAUGGGUAAAUCUUCAAUGCCCA